AUGACAACAGUUCCGUUGGUCUGGACAGUCCAUGGAAAGUUCUUCGACCAGGUGGACGUGGACGACACGCCCUUUGUCCAUAGCGAUCGAGAAUGGGGUCCGAUGCUUUGCCUUUUGUAUUCCUAUUUCGAGCCAUGGCAGAAAUACCGAACGGGGCCGCAUUCCUAUCGACUCAACCUCGGCCGUCAUGUUACGGUUCAGAAUGAGCAAUCGACCUUCACCUAUGGUGAAAGCACAGAUAUUGAUGAGGCGCGCGAGGUCGCCAGUUAUACUGCGAAAGACUUUUUCGACGACCCCGGCGAUGGAAGUGACAUCGCCAUUGCGAAUGAUUAUAGCGCCCGGAGGGACUGGGAAAAGUUCGGUGCAGCCUUCUCGUCCAGGGCAGUAGCCAUGAAGUAUGGCGGCUACAGCGACCAUGAACAGAAUAAACAGGAUACCGAGGACGACCGUGGCUGCCCUUUGGUAAUGUGGUUACAGUCGGAGCUUGAAGCAGGUAACGUCCCAGGUCUUAAGCUAGAGUGA